AUGGAUCCCCCCCGACCUCUGAAGCGAGUCUCGCGCGCCUGUGACUAUUGUCGGAAGAAGCGGCUCAAAUGCACGGGGCAGCGGCCGUGUAUGAACUGCCAACUCUACGGGGCCACCUGCUCGACGUCGGACCCGAGAGCAGGAGAGCAUCAGCAUCCAGGGCCUUUGGCGGGUGAGAAACGGACCCAGGAAGCAGCUGGGAUCGGCCGGAUUGACCACCGCGAGGGAAAUGCACCGCAGCACCAGCAGACCUCCCAUGUCUUUCUUCCGUGGAACCAGCCGAGCGAGCUGGUGCCCCAGACUCAGACUCAGUCACAGCCCCAGCCCCAGCCCCAGCCGGAGCCAGAGCUGGACCCCGAGCUGUCCAUUCUUCAUUCCAGGACUGAAGUUACCCCGGACUUUGACCAGUACGCUCAAGAACUCGGUCUCGUCUUUGCUCCCUACUGCCCCCCGCACUCCCCGCCAUCUCUCGCGCUGAAUCAUGGCUUCGACACUACUGUGGCUGACGACGGCUUCUCGACGUUGGCCUCCUCCUCGUAUCCCACGCAGCUUCCCUCUCCGAGGCUCAGUGACGGGGUCCCUUCUCAAUCGGUGUUCCAGGGGCGGCUGGACCUCGGUCGCACUGUAAAUGUGAGUGCGCCGGUCGCAUCGACAUCCCAUCCACAUACCCUGGACAUGGCGCCACCGCCCCCUCGGCCGGCGCAUGAGCUCUUCCUCCGCAAGGGCAGCUCGGACACCAAGUUCAUCGGGAUGGGUUCCGUGGGGUCGACUAUAUCGGAAUGUCUGCGGUAUGGGUCCAUGGAAUCUGCCAUCCUCGCUCAUUUGGUCAACGGGAUUCGACAUGUUGAUGAGCUCUCUCUACCGACAGCCGUACCUCUGGCCCCUCUACCGGACCGGGACGUGGCCGAGCGAGGCAUCCGAGCCUACCAUGAGCGCCUACACCUACUCUACCCUAUCGUCGAGGUAGAAUUUCUCGAUGGAUGGCGCCAGAUCUACGACGAGGGUAGCGGCGGGGCCGCGCCCCUUUCGCCCCUGGCAUACUGCCGCCUCUGCCUCGUCGUCCUCGUCGGGAAUAUCGUCUCCCCGCAGCGCGGUGCAAGCGACCACUGGGAGGCCGCUGAACGGCUGCACCAGCAGACAUGGUCACUCCUCGGCCAGGUCAUGGCCAGUGCGUUCAUGGAGUCGAUGCAGGUCAUGCUGCUGCACACGCUGUUCCUGCUGUACUGCGGCAAGACGGGGAUCGCGUGGAUGACCUGUGGGAUGGCCGUGCAUAUUGCACAGUCGCUGGGUCUGCAUCAGCACCCGGCGCCGCAGCUCGAGCUGACGGCGCGACAGAUCGAUAUGCGGUCCCGGUUGUGGUCGGUUGCGUACGCGCUCGAUGCCUUCCUCUCGCUCUCCGAGGGGCGUCCGUCAUCUAUCACUGGAUCCCCGCCAAGUCUGGCCUCGUCAUUCUUCACAUCCCUCUCUCAGUCCUCCUCCUCCUCCUCCCGCCCACCAUCCGCGCCCACCAAGCCGCCCGCAGCCCAAAUCCACGAAUGGCUGGUGAGCCUCGCAGCAAUAGCUUCAAACGUCGUAUCCCUCCUGAAAAGCGGCGACUCGCCCCUGGGCACACUGACGCAGAUCGGCGAGAUCGACAGCCAACUCCUAGCCUGGAAGGACAGCAUCCCCAUGGAACUCCGGCCCGACCAACAGAUCCUCGCCGACGACCCCAUCUACUCGGCCAUUGCAAUGCUACAUCUAAAGUACCAUAACCUCAUGCGGACGAUCCACUGGGUCUCGCUUACCCUCGCCGCAACCGAAGACCCCUCCACCUCAACCUCCCUCUCCUCCUCCUCCUCCUCCUCCGCAACACCCCGCCCCAACCCCCGCAUCCUCUCCAGCCCCACAAUCUGCCUCGCCAGCUCACGCAGCAUAAUCGACGUCCUCAACGCCUCUUCAUCCCGCCAAACCCUCGGGUGCCCCGGCGGGUCCGCGGGCGGGUUCAUAGUGCCCUACUGCAUGGCGGCGAUCUCGACGUUCUACAGACAGAUAUUAAAGGAGCCGCGACGGCACGGGGCGCGGACGGAUCUUGAGCUCAUGCGGAAUGGGACGUUGCAUGUUGCGGGGUUGUUGGAUAGUGUGCGGCCACGCAGUCAUUUUCGGGCGCUUUUUAGGGAGAUGCUCCGUGUUGCGGAGGAGGUUGUGAGUAAGGUUGGGGAGUGA